GCCAGUUCCAGUUCCAUGGAUACCGCCCGUGUCUUCGAUGGAAUACUGCCAAUCAAAAAGCAAAUCAAAAAGUACAGUACUUGGGUUUGUUUUUGUGCUUUUGUUUUUUUUUUUUUUUUUGGGGCAUCUUGAGUCUCCCUCAACAAAAAUACAACAAUAUCCUAAAUAUUGCCCUGAGCCGAACACAAUUGAAGAUAAUAAUAAAUACACGAGUUCUCAAAAUAAUCGGGGGCAAACAAAACUCAGCCUUCGCCCAUCCCGCGCUUUUCCCACAAUUGCCACACCCGCACACCGAGGGGGGAAACAUUCUGAGUAGGAACGCAGGAGAUCAGUCGAAAACUGGGAUGUCCGUGGGAUUCCGUCCCAAAGGACUCGAGAGCAUCCGCGUAACCGUUCCCGGCCCCAGUCGGCUGGGUAUCGACCGUUCGGAAUGCAGGCCCGUUCCUAGAGAGAAACUAAAAUUAAGUACGGGAAGGAACUGAAGUCUGAAGGGGGGCAGAAGCCAACGCCCGAUAAUUGGGACAGGAUGAGACAAGGAGCCCAUAGUCCGGAAUUUGAGUUCAUGCGCGU